AUGUUGGACUUGGCUACUGCAGUGGUCCUCCUGGCUGUUUCCCUCACGGCUUUGCAAACAGAAGGAAAACCCGAGUCGAGGAUAUCUCCCGUCUUUGAUAUGAAGAUGGGACCAUGCAGGAUAGGUUGUGCUCCACCACCUCCCCCUCCGCCUCCACCUAUGCUGUCACUUCCUGUUCGACCUCCAGCUCCACAGUUCCUUCCUUUUCCUCAGCCACCUCCACAAUUCCUUCCUGUUCCUCAGCCACCUCCGCAGUUCCUUCCUGUUCCUCAGCUACCUCCUCGUGAAGGCCCCAUACCUACAUCCGGCCAAUAUCAACCUCAACCAACCAGGCCAGAAGCAUACAACCCUUACCCACGCUGCGACAACAGUGGAGAAUGUCGAGCAGGCGUAGAAAAUACAAAUUUAAACAAAGUAGAUGUCAGUCCAGUUAUCUCGUGA